CGUAUCGGAGAGCUGCGGUAAGAAGCUGCGAGAGCGUAUAGCGUCAGCAGCGGCAGCGGUAGCUCUCGAGUUAGAAGAAAAUGCGCCCACCGCCAAGAGCCGAAGAGCGCGACGGUCGUAGUCUCUGGCGCUGCGGACUGAGUUGGGGUCUAGAUUUCAGUGCGCAGCAGGGAUCUCCCUAGGCGAAGACAUGACAAGUAUCAUCGCUCGGGCCGCCUCCUACUCAGCGUCAUCAUCAUCGUCGACGACCGAUGCAGCAGUCCACCGCGCGAAGAGGCAGCAGCAUGACGAGCAGCAGCGGCAGCCACGUAGUCUACCAUCACGCCAAGUUCCGAUGGACGGAGAACCUCACCUGCCGAUUCAUCCAGCUGAGGAAAGAGCACGGCAACAUGUUCACCGGAAGGAAGUACUCGGCGCAAGCUGGAUGGGAGUACAUACUUCGACAGAUGAGAGAAGAGUUCCCAAGCAUUAUGGCUGACGUUCACUAUCGGGUACUUAAGAAGAAAUGGUCAAACUUAUUGCAGCAGUAUAAAGAGCUGAAGAAUCCCGUUCACGGGGACAAGAACAAGGCGGACGACAUAUCCUGGCCGUUCUACGCUGCUAUAGACGAGGUCCUCGGCGGCACGUCUACUCCGUCGUCCGAACCGACGCGUCAGCCAUCCGACGACGAGGAGGAGGACGAGGAAGAGGAGCUGAACCCCCAGGAGUUUCUCUGCGUCUCGGUGGACAACGACGAGGACGAGGACGACGCUUCCGUGAACCUCUACCAGGGCAGCACGAGCAAAGUCCCGGGACUGGAGCCGCUCAGGAGGGGACACGUCUUCGACAUCGAGAGGACGCCGAGGACGGCCACCAGGCUAUCGAGCAGCAGCAGCAGCAAGAUGAAUAAACGCGCUGCCAGCGACCUGCUGUCACGACUCCCUCGAGCGACGGAACUGACGAUAAGACCGAUCCGACGAAGCAGCUCGGAAUUGCCGCCUCUGGAACCGAUCGCUACCGCUGCUGCUAACGGACGCAGCAGGAAACGCGCCAGAACUGCCCUGGACGAUCAGAGGGACGACGAGGGGAGCCGAGAAUCGAAACUCGAGAGGAAGAUCGGCGAGUUUUUGGAGUACGCGAAGAAGAGGGACGAGGAGAACAGAAACAUACUGCUGAGGAUGCUCGAGGCCGUCGAGGACAUCAGGAAAGCCGUCAGAUGAAUUUUUCGUCGUCGUUGUUGUUGUUGUUGUUAUUAUUAUUGUGUACACACAGUAUUGUAUUACGAGAAACUAUUAUUUUUUUUUUACUUUGCUCUUCGCGACCGACUUGUAUGAAGCCAAGGAAUAACAUGAGCGAACUUUGAGAAUAUAUACAUAUACACUUCCAA